AGCUCAGCGCAGACCUGUUGGUCACACCUGUGCAGGCAGAAGGAGCUGAACACAUCACAUCACCAAAGGACAACAUGGUCACACAAAGACAGACGUACCUGGAGAAACCGUUUCUGCCGGCAGUGACGGUGCUGGUGCUUUUGGCUGCAGCAGGACAUUCUGCAGUGGUGAAUGAUAAUCUCCAGACCAAAGCACCGCCUCUGUCAAACUCAUCUCUGACCACUCAGUUUAGCAACAGUAGCAUGGAGUUGCCUCAAGUCCUACCUUUACACAAGCCAUGUAGAAGCGAACAUGCUUCUUAUUGUGUAAACGGUGGCAAGUGCAUGUAUCCGCAAGACAGUGACAAACCUUCUUGCAUCUGCGAACCCUCGUACAGCGGGCCACGCUGCAUGUUUGUGGAACCAAUUCGUGGUGUUACUUUGCUUGAUGUAGAGCAAGUCAUUGGCAUUAUUUUCGGGGUGUUCAUACUCAUCAUAUUUUUGACGAUCGCAUUUUACUUCUUUGUCUACAAGAGGUGUACAGAAUCGACGGUGCCAAUAAAAUAUGCACCUGCUAAGACCUCGGUGUGAACUCUGCAGCUCACAUUUGCUCAUGCACCACCAUCUUCAACAUUUCCCCUUUCAAGAAAAGACAAACCACAGCAUUUCAUGAGAGUGAAUCAUUUGCAAGUCUACAAAACAAAUAAUAUAAUAUAUAAAAAGAAAAAAAAAA